UUUCAUUCUUACUUCUUCUUCUUUAAUUAUCAACUCCCAAACUGACCCUAAUUAAAGGGAAACCUAUAUAACUAGCCAGAAGAAGAAGCUUUAUAAAUAUUCACUCUAUAUAUAGUUCUCUGCUAGCUAGCUAGCUAGCUCAUAUUUAUUUUGUUAGUGAUGCUGAUGGAGGAUCAAAGGGUUGGUGAUCUUCCUCCAGGAUUUAGCUUUGAUCCAACGGAUGAAGAGCUUGUGUUAUAUUAUCUCAAAAGUAAAUUAGCUGCAAGUAAUUUGCCGCUCUACCCAAGCAUCAAUAUUCCUGUUCUUGAUUUUUCUUCUUCUGAUCCUUGGGAACUCAAUGAGAGGGCUUUGUGGAGCAAAAACAAGUGGUAUUUCUUCAGCCAAGUGAAGGAAAAUAUUCGAGCUACUGCAAAAGGAUAUUGGAAGGAACUAAAUAUGAGUGAGCCAAUUAUACUCAUAAGUUGUGGAGAGAAAAUAGUAGGAAUAAAAGAGUACUUUGUGUACUAUAUUAGUAAUAUUCAUGAAAAAGUACAGACUAGUUGGAUUAUGGAACAAUUUCACCUCUCUAGCAAUAAUUCCUUCAAGAAGAGAGAAAAUGAGAAGCUAUCGGAAUGGGUUCUAUGUAGAGUGCAUGAAUCGAUCAACGAUUCUCAAGGCAAAAAUUGUGAUGAUGAAGUUGAGCUCUCAGCUUUGGACGAAGUUUUUUUAUCAAUGGAUUAUGAUCAAGAAGAGGAGGAAAUAAGUUUUCCAUGUUAAUUAAUUAUAUUAGAGCUAAUUAAUUGAAAGUAUGGCUUGCAA